CCUUCGCAGAGAUGGAUUUCCUGCAGGGAUCUUGGAUGCUGAUGCUGCGGAGCUGAUGUCCCUGGACAGGAAGGAGAGAGCGAGGAUGGCAGAGGACACUUCCAGUGCCAGCAGUGGGUCGCCCACUCCAGGUGACACCCUGCCCUGGAAUCUGUCCAAAAACCAGCUGGUUAAGAGGUCCUCCUCAGCAUCUGGUGGUGGGACUGUGCUGGACGCGGCUGAGAGGGCAGUAAUCAGGAUUGCAGAUGAAAGGGAUCGGGUGCAAAAGAAAACAUUUACCAAAUGGGUAAACAAACAUCUAAUUAAGCACUGGAGGGCAGAGGCCCAGCGUCAUGUGAACGAUUUGUAUGAAGAUUUGCGAGAUGGACACAAUCUUAUCUCGCUCCUGGAGGUGUUAUCCGGAGAGACCCUGCCGAGGGAGCGUGACGUUAUCAGGAACUUGCGGUUGCCCCGGGAAAAAGGUCGAAUGCGUUUCCACAAACUGCAGAAUGUACAGAUUGCUCUGGAUUUCCUGAAACUGAGACAGGUCAAAUUGGUAAACAUCAGAAAUGAUGACAUUGCAGAUGGGAACCCCAAACUGACAUUGGGCCUGAUAUGGACAAUAAUCCUACACUUCCAGAUUUCAGAUAUCCAGGUCACCGGUCAAUCAGAGGACAUGACGGCCAAGGAGAAGCUGCUCCUCUGGUCCCAGCGUAUGGUGGAGGGUUACCAGGGUCUGCGGUGUGACAACUUCACUGUCAACUGGAGAGACGGGCGCCUCUUCAAUGCCGUCAUCCACCGACACAAACCCAUGCUGAUUGAUAUGAACAGAGUAUACCGCCAGAGCAACCUGGAGAAUCUGGAUCAAGCUUUCAACGUAGCUGAGAAGGAGCUUGGCGUCACUAGACUUCUGGACCCAGAGGAUGUUGAUGUGCCACAACCUGAUGAGAAAUCGAUUAUCACAUACGUGUCCUCUUUGUAUGAUGCCAUGCCCAGAGUUCCUGAUGUACAGGAUGGUGUGAGGGCAAACGAGUUGGAGUUGUGGUGGCAUGAGUACUAUGAGAGGGUGACCGUGCUCCUCCAGUGGAUCCACCAUUACACCAUCAUCUUCGAGGAGAGGAGAUUCCCAGCCAGCUAUGAGGAGAUUGAGAUCCUGUGGCGGCAGUUUCUGAAGUUUAAAGAGACUGAGCUCCCCAGUAAGGAGGCUGAUAAAAAUCAGACCAAGCAGCAGUACCAGACCUUGGAGGGUGCAGUCAAGUCAGGUCAACUAAAGAUGCCACCUGGCUACCACCCAUUGGAUGUGGAGAAGGAGUGGGGCAAACUGCAUGUGUCCAUCCUGGAGAGAGAGAAGCUUCUGAGGCUCGAACUGGAGAGGUUGGAGCGGCUGCAACGUAUUGUCAGUAAGUUGCAGAUGGAGUCCGCUCUGUGUGAGGAGCAACUGAGCCAAGCCGAUACCUUACUUCAAACGGAUAUCCGCUUGAUGGCCGCUGGAAAGCAACCACAGCGAACUGGGGAGAUCGAGCAGGAUCUGGACAAAGCAGACGCCAUGAUUCGUGUGCUGUUUAAUGAUGUGCAGGCUCUUAAAGAUGGGCGACACCCUCAGGCAGAGCAAAUGUACCGAAGGGUUUACCAUCUCCAUGAGCGUUUGGUGGCAAUACGGACAGAAUACAACCUACGCAUCAAGGCAGGGGCUCCUCAUGUCGUCAUAUCGACUGUUCAAACCUCUGUAAGCUCAAAAAUGGAGGAUGCUACCCUGCGCUACCUGCAGAGUCUGCUUGCCUGGAUAGAGGACAAUCAGAAACAGAUCAAUGCUGCAGAAUGGGGUUCAGACCUGCCCAGUGUAGAGUCUCAGCUCGGAAGCCACCGUGGCCUCCAUCAGUCCAUAAACGACUUCAGAGCCAAGAUAGAACGGGCACGGGCUGAUGAGGGGCAGUUCUCAGGAUCACGUGGAACCUACCAGGAGUAUCUGGGAAAACUGGAUUUGCUGUAUGCCAAGCUACUGAAUUCAUCCAAGGGGCGUCUCCGGAAUCUGGAGAGUCUCAAUGGUUUUGUCGCUGCAGCCACAAAAGAGCUGAUGUGGCUGAAUGACAAAGAGGAGGAAGAGGUGAACUACGACUGGAGCGAGAGAAACAGUAACAUGUCCAGCAAGAAGGAUAAUUACUCGGGCUUAAUGAGAGAACUCGAACUGAAAGAGAAAAAGAUCAAAGACAUUCAGAGCAUGGGUGACAAAUUACUGGAAGAUGACCACCCGGCCAGGUCCACAAUAGAGGCUUUCCAGGCUGCGCUACAGACACAGUGGAGCUGGAUGUUGCAGCUAUGCUGCUGUAUUGAAGCUCAUCUAAAGGAAAACACCGCAUAUUUCCAGUUCUUUACAGAGGUGAAGGAUACGGAGGAUCAGCUUAAGAAGAUUCAGGAGACAAUGCGGCGGAAAUACACAUGUGACCGCUCGAUCACAGUGACACGACUUGAAGACCUUGUACAAGACAGCAUGGAUGAGAAGGAGCAGUUGGCGGAGUACAAAAACCAGGUUGCCAGCCUCGCCAAGCGGGCAAAGUCUAUUGUACAGCUUAAACCACGCAGUCCAGCUAACCAAAUAAAAGGCCAGCAGCCGAUCCAAGCCGUGUGCGACUACAAACAGCUUGAGAUCACUGUCCACAAGGGGGAUGAGUGUUUGCUAGUGAAUAAUUCACAGCCAUAUAAGUGGAAGGUUCUAAAUGCAUCAGGAAGUGACGCACUCGUACCUUCUGUCUGCUUCAUCAUCCCCCCUCCCAAUAAAGAGGCACUGGACGCAGUGAGCACAUUGGAGGGCAGUCAUCAGAACCUUCUCACCCUGUGGCACACACUGCAUAUUGACCUGAAGAGCUUGCUAUCAUACCAGUACCUGCUCAGAGACAUCCAGCUCAUCCAGUCUUGGUCUUUAGUAACGUUUCGCAGUAUGACAUCAGAGGAGUACAAGCUGGUGCUCAAAAACCUAGAGGUUCAUUUCCAGGAUUUCUUAAAGAACAGUCAGGAUUCUAGAAAUUUCCACCCUGACGACCGCAUGCACAUCGAGAGGGAAUACAGUUCAUGUAUGCAGAAAUAUGAUCUGCUCCUGCGCAGCCUUGAGAGAGGGGAGCAGGAUGAAAGUGCAUGUAAAAGUUACAUCUCUCAACUAAAGAACAUUCAGCUGCAGCUCGAUGGCUGUGAAUCGCGGACAGUGACCAAGAUUCGAUCACCUCUGGACAGGGAUCCCAUCAAGGAGUGUUCACAGAGGAUUGGAGACCAGCAGCAAAUUCACUUUGAGUUGGAGAGCAUCCAGAAGAGUCUGGACAAGGUCAAUGAAAAGACACAGAAGCUCCUGACCCAGCCUGACCUUGGCCCCACUGCCCCUGUCCUACGCUCUGAACUAGAAGUCACUUUGCAGAAGAUGGAUCAAGUCCACAGUUUGUCCACUAUCUAUCUGGAGAAGUUGAAGACUAUUAACCUUGUAAUCCGGAAUACCCAUGGAGCAGAGGAAGUUGUAAAAACAUACGAAGACCAACUGAAAGAAGUCCAGUCUGUGCCCUCAGACCUCAAAACACUGGAGACAAACAAGACUGAUCUCAAGAGGAUGCGCGGACAGGUGGAAGGUCACCAGCCUCUCUUUAGCAGCCUGGAGACUGAUCUGGGCAAGGCCCGUGAGGUGAGCGAAAGAAUGCUGCGAGCACACAGUGAGCGUGAUGUGGACCUAGAGAGGUACAGGGAGAAGGUGCAGGCCUUGCUUGAACGCUGGCAAGCCAUCAUUUUCCAGAUUGACAUAAGGCAAAGAGAGCUCGAGCAAUUGGGAAAACAGCUGCGCUACUAUAGGGAGAGCUACGAAUGGCUCAUCAAGUGGAUUAUGGAGGCCAAGCAAAGGCAGGAGAAGAUCCAAUCUGUACCAAUCACCGACAGUAAGACCGUGAAGGAGCAGCUACUCCAGGAGAAGAAACUGUUGGAGGAAAGUGAGCAGAACAGAGAAAAAGUAGACGAAUGCCAGAAGUAUGCAAAGCAAUACAUUGAUGCCAUUAAGGAUUUUGAGCUCCAACUCGUCACAUACAAAGCUCAGGUGGAGCCUGCUUCAUCUCCAGUCAAGAAACCAAAAGUACAAUCCACAUCGGAUAAUAUCAUUCAGGAGUAUGUGGAACUCAGGACCAAGUACAGCGAACUGACCACCCUGACCAGUCAGUACAUCAUAUUCAUCACCGAAACACUUAGACGCCUGGAGGAGGAGGAGAGAGCGACAGAGAAGCUGAAACAAGAGGAAAGGAGGAAGCUGGCCGAGGUAGAGGCUCAGUUGGAGAAACAGAGGCAGCUUGCUGAGGCCCAUGAACAGGCCAAAUCUAUGGCAGAGAAAGAAGCCAAGGAGCUGAGGCUGCACAUGCAAGAAGAGGUCUCCAGAAGGGAGAUUGUUGCUGUAGAUGCUGAGCAGCAGAAGAAGACCAUCCAGCAAGAGUUGCAUCAGAUGAAGCAAAACUCUGUAACGGAGAUUAAUGCAAAGCUCAAACUGAUCGAAGAGGCUGAAUACAGCCGCAAGAAGGUGGAGGAGGAGAUCAGGAUUAUCCGGCUACAGCUGGAAACUAGCCAGAAGCAAAAGUCUAGUGCAGAAGAUGAGUUGAGAGCUCUGAGAACUCGUGCUGAAGAUGCAGAGCGGCAGAAGAAGCAAGCACAAGAGGAAGCCGAUCGCUUGCGCAAACAGGUGAAAGAUGAGACCCAGAAAAAGCGCGAGGCAGAGGAAGAGCUUCAGCGAAAGAUACAAGCUGAGCGAGAUGCAGCUCGGGAAAAGCAGAAGGCUUUGGAAGACCUGGAAAAAUUAAGACUGCAAGCAGAAGAGGCAGAAAGGAGGAUGAAACAGGCAGAGUUUGAAAAGGAGAGGCAGAUCAAACAAGCUCAAGAAGUAGCCCAGCAAAGCGCAGAAACCCAGCUGCAGAGCAAGCGCAUGUCUUUCCUAGAGAAGACUACUCAGCUGGAGAUGUCUCUGAAACAAGAACAUAUAACCGUUACCCACCUGCAGGAGGAAGCAGAGCGUCUCAAGAAGCAGCAGCUGGAUGCAGAGAAUGCCAGGGAAGAGGCAGAGAAGGAGCUGGAGAAGUGGAGGCAGAAAGCAAAUGAAGCCUUGCGUUUAAGGCUUCAGGCAGAAGAGGUUGCUCACAAAAAAACUCUGGCUCAGGAGGAGGCAGAGAAGCAGAAGGAAGAUGCUGAACGAGAAACUAGAAAAAGAUCCAAGGCUGAAGAAUCAGCAUUGCGCCAGAAGGAACUGGCAGAAGAAGAGCUGGAGAAACAGAGAAAGCUGUCUGAGGACACAGCCCUUCAGAAGUUUUCUGCUGAGCAAGAGCUUAUACGGUUGAAAGCAGAAAUGGAGAGUGGAGAACAGCAGCGUAUUGUUCUGGAGGAGGAUCUUUACCGCCUCAAGAAUGAGGUGAAUGAGGCUAUACAGAGGAGGAAAGCUUUAGAGGAAGAGCUAGCUAAGGUGCGGGCAGAAAUGGAGAUCCUCUUGCAGGCCAAAUCAAAGGCAGAGGAAGAGUCUCGUUCUGCAAGUGAGAAAUCAAAGCAGAUGCUGGAAGAAGAGGCAGACAAGCUCCGAGAACUUGCCGAAGAAGCUGCAAGGUUACGUGCCCUCUCAGAGGAGGCCAAGAGGCAAAGGCAGCUGGCCGAAGAAGACGCCAUUCGGCAGAGAGCAGAAGCAGAGCGAAUUCUAAAGGAAAAGCUUGCCGCUAUCAAUGAAGCCACACGAUUGAAAACAGAAGCUGAAAUUGCCCUGAAAGAGAAGGAAGCAGAGAAUGAGCGUCUCCGAAGACUGGCAGAAGAUGAAGCUUAUCAGAGGAAGCUGCUAGAGGAGCAGGCAGCACAACAUAAACAGGACAUUGAGGAGAAAAUACUUCUUCUUAAACAGUCCUCUGAGAAUGAACUAGAGAGGCAGAAGAACAUUGUGGAUGAGACCAUGAAACAUAGGAGGUUGAUUGAAGAAGAAAUUCGAAUCCUGAAAAUUAAUUUUGAGAAGGCUUCUGAAGGCAAAUCUGAUCUGGAGCUUGAACUUCAGAAAUUAAAAGUCAUUGCAGAUGAAACUCAGCAGAGCAAAGAAAGAGCUGAGCAGGAGGCCGAGAAACAAAGACAGUUAGCUUUAAAGGAGGAGACCAGGCGCAGGGAAGCAGAAGACAAGGUCAAGAAGAUAAUAGCUGCUGAACAAGAGGCUGCCAGACAGCGUAAAGCAGCCUUAGAAGAAGUGGAUAGGCUUAAAGCCAAGGCAGAGGAAGCCAAAAAGCAGAAAGAACUAGCUGAGACGGAGGCAGAAAAACAAAUUCAGCUGGCUCAAGAAGCUGCCAGAAAUAAAAUUGAUGCUGAGGAAAAGGCCUACUAUGCUGCUGUCCAGCAAAAAGAACAGGAAUUAUUGCAAACAAGGAUCCAAGAGCAGAGCAUCCUUGAUAAACUGAAGGAAGAAGCUGAAAAGGCCAAACGCACAGCCGAAGAAGCUGAUCGAGCUCGUGCCAAGGCAGAACAUGAAGCUGCGUUGUCACGUCAAAGAGCUGAGGAAGCUGAACGUCAAAAACAGAGGGCCGAGGAAGAUGCUCAGGCUAAAGCUCUCGCACAGGAAGAUGCGGAAAAGAUCCGUAAAGAUGCGGAACUGGAAGCUGCGAAAAGGGGCCAGGCUGAGCAGGCUGCACUCAAACAGAAGCAGUUGGCUGAUGCUGAAAUGGAAAAACACAAGAAAUUUUCUGAAAAAACUCUCCGGCAAAAAGAGCAGGUCGAGAGUGAGCUGACCAAAGUAAAGCUGAGGCUGGAGGAAACUGACCAUCAGAAAAAUAUACUUGAUGAUGAGCUAGGCCGUCUUAAAGAGGAGGUGACUGAGUCAUUGCAGCAGAAGAAGCUUGUGGAGGAUGAGCUGUUUAAAGUUAAGAUACAGAUGGAAGAGCUGGUAAAACUGAAGAUUCGCAUUGAAGAGGAAAAUAAGAUGCUCAUUCUAAAAGACAAAGACAAUACCCAGAAGUUCUUACUGGAGGAAGCUGAGAAGAUGAAGCAGGUUGCUGAAGAUGCUGCUCGUUUGAGCAUAGAGGCCCAGGAAGCAGCUCGCCUGAGAAAGGUGGCAGAAGAUGGCCUUUCUGAGCAGCGGGCAUUGGCUGAGAAGAUGUUGAAAGAAAAGAUGCAAGCUGUUCAAGAAGCCACACGCUUGAAGGCAGAAGCAGAGCUCCUGCAGAAACAGAAAGAACUUGCUGUGGAACAGGCAAAGAAGUUGCAGGAAGAUAAAGAGAUGAUGCUCCAGCAGCUCGCGGAGGAAACAGAGGGCUUCCAAAAAACCUUGGAGGUUGAACGCAGGCGGCAAUUGGAAAUCAGUGCAGAAGCUGAACGUCUCAAGCUGCAAGUGGUAGAGAUGAGCAGGGCUCAGUCUAAAGCAGAGGAUGAUGCCAAGAAAUUUAGGAAACAGGCAGAGGAAAUUAGUGAGAAACUGCACAAGACAGAAUUAUCAACCAAAGAGAAAAUGACUGUGGUCCAAACUCUUGAAAUACAGAGACAGCAAAGUGAUAAAGAGGCAGAGGAUUUACGGAAAGCCAUUUCUGACCUCGAGAAGGAGAAGGAGAAACUAAAGAAAGAAGCAGAACUUUUGCAGAGAAAGUCUGAAGAGAUGGAGAAGACUCAAAAAGAACAGCUACGUCAAGAAACCCAAAGUCUUCAAUCUGUGUUCCUGUCCGAGAAAGAAAUACUAAUUCAGAAGGAGAAGUACAUUGAAGAUGAAAAGGCAAAACUAGAGAAACUCUUUGAAGUAGAGGUGAACAAAGCUCAAAAUUUGAAAGCUGAGAAGGAGCGACAGCUAAGUAAGCUUGAGGAAGAGAAAAGACUAUUGAAGGUUUCCAUGGAUGAUGCAAUGAGGAAACAGCUAGAGGCAGAGGACAAGGUUCAUCAGAAGCAAGAUGAGCUCCAGGAGCUAAAUAGGCAGCGGCAAGAACAAGAGCGACUGCUUGAAGAAGAAAAUAGGAAACUACGGGAGAGACUUGAGCAGCUGGAGCAAGAACAUAGGAUUGCACUGGAGAAAACCAAGGAGAUCGUGAUCCACAAAGAAACCAUUCUAACGCAGACAUCAGCCAUGCCAAAUGGAAAUACCACGGUCACUGAUGGCACAGCUCACAAUGGAGACUAUGAGAAUGCCUUUGAUGGCUUAAGACAGAAAGUAUCUGCCAACAAACUGUAUGAGGCUGGCAUCUUGACCAAAGAGAUGUUGGAUGAAUUGUCAAAGAAGUCGGUGACUGUGAAUGAUCUUUCCCAGCGAGAUGAUAUACGAAAAUACCUGCAAGGCAAGAGCAGCAUUGCUGGACUGCUGAUCAAACCCAGCAAUGAAAAAAUAAGCAUUUACAAUGCUAUGAAGAAAAAGCUAAUUACCCCUGGAACUGCCCUCAUUCUGCUAGAAGCUCAAGCAGCCUCUGGGUAUAUAAUGGACCCAGUAAGAAACAAAAAGCUGACUGUUAGUGAGGCUGUAAAAGAAAAUGUUAUUGGUCCUGAAAUACACAAUAAAAUGUUGUCUGCCGAAAGGGCAAUUACUGGAUACAAAGAUCCUUACACAGGAGACAAGAUUUCACUCUUCCAAGCAAUGAAAAAAGACUUGAUCGUAAAGGACCAUGGUAUACGUCUAUUAGAGGCUCAGAUUGCCACAGGAGGUAUUGUUGAUCCAGUCAAUAGUCAUCGUGUACCCUUGGAUGUAGCUUACAAACGAGGCUAUUUUGAUGAAGAAAUGAACAAGAUCUUGUCUGACCCAACAGAUGACACAAAAGGCUUCUUUGAUCCCAAUACCCAAGAAAAUCUUACGUACUUGCAACUUUUGGAGAGAUGUAUCGUAGAUCAAGAAACAAAGUUCUGUUUGCUACCUUUAACUGACAAAGCAGGAAAAGGAGAACUGGUAUACACAGAUUCAGAAGCAAAAGAUGUAUUCAAGAAAGCCACAGUUUCUGUUCCAUUUGGAAAGUUUGAAGGAAAGACUGUCACCAUCUGGGAAAUAAUCAACUCAGAAUAUUUUACUGAAGAACAAAGGCGAGAGCUCUUACGUCAGUAUAAGACUGGAAAAAUCACUGUUGAGAAGAUCAUUAAAAUAAUAAUCACUGUGGUGGAAGAGAGUGAGAAGAAGAAACAGCUGUGUUUUGAUGGACUAAGAGUCCCUGUACCAGCAGCAGAACUGGUAGAGAGUAAAAUCAUUGACAAAGACCUUUUCAACCAACUACACCAAGGCAAGAAGGCAGUCAAAGAAGCGUCUGAGUUGGAUUCUGUAAAAAAAUACUUAACUGGAUCCACAGCAAUAGCUGGUGUCCAAGUGGAAAAAUCUGGUGAAAAACUUACAUUGUACGAUGCUAUAAGGAAAAACCUGCUGAAGCCUCUUACUGCUCUUAGCCUACUUGAAGCCCAAGCUGGUACAGGAUACAUUAUUGACCCAAUCCAUAAUGAGCUCCUCCCUGUGGAUGAGGCAGUCAAAGCUGGUGUUGUUGGCCCAGAGUACCACGAGAAAUUGCUAUCUGCAGAAAAGGCGGUUACUGGAUACAAAGAUCCGUACACAGGACAGGCAUUGUCACUUUUCCAAGCUUUUAAGAAAGGCCUCAUCCCCAAAGACGGCGGUAUCCGUCUCCUUGAUGCACAGCUCUCUACUGGUGGAAUAAUUGACCCUAUAAAUAGCCAUCGCCUUCCACUUGAUGUUGCUUAUAAACGUGGACACUUAGAUGAAGAAACUAUUAGGCUUCUCUCUGAGCCUGUUGAUGAGAACACAGGAUUCUAUGACCCAAACAGUCAAGAAAACCUCACCUAUGCCCAGCUACAGACAAAAUGCAAAAUAGACAAGAAAACUGGACACUACUUGCUACCUCUCUCUGAACAAGCCAUACAAUCACAACUGGAAGAGGUUUACAAUGAUUCACAAGCAAAAGAAGCCUUUGAGAAGACAACCGUGGAGGUGCCUAGUGGCAUCUUUAAAGGAAAGACCAUUUCUAUUUGGGAGUUAAUACAUUCUGAAUACUUUACUGAAGAACAAAGAAGGGAGCUCAUCAGGCAGUACAAGACUGGCAAAGUUACAAUUGAAAAGAUAAUCAAAAUCCUUAUUACGAUUGUGGAAGAAACUGAAACCAAGAAACAACAGCGUCUUACAUUUACCGGUCUUCGAGCUCCUGUACCUGCUUCUGAACUGCUGGAGUCAAAAAUUAUUGACCUGUCUCAAUAUAAUCAGCUGAAAGAAGGCAAGAAAUCUGUAAAGGAAAUAUCAGAAACCGAUACCGUGAGACAGUAUCUGCAGGGCAGUGAUUGCAUUGCUGGUGUCUACCUAGAGGAAAGCAAGCUAAAGAUGAACAUCUACCAAGCCAUGAAGAGAAACUUCCUUAGACCUGGAACCGCUCUGGUACUUCUUGAAGCUCAGGCUGCUACUGGAUUUAUCAUUGAUGCUGUAAAGAAUCAGAAAUUCUAUGUCAAUGAGGCUGUGAAAGCUGGUGUAGUUGGGCCAGAACUGCAUGAAAAGCUUCUGUCUGCUGAAAAGGCUGUAACCGGCUACAAAGAUCCAUAUUCAGGAAACACAAUCUCUGUCUUUGAAGCUAUUCAAAAAGGUCUCCUCUUGAAAGAUCAUGGGAUACGACUUUUAGAAGCACAGAUAGCGACUGGAGGCAUUAUCGAUCCAGUGCACAGUCAUCGUGUUCCAGUGGAAGUUGCUUACAAACGAGGAUACUUUGAUGAAGCAAUGAACAAAAUCCUGUCUGACCCCACAGAUGACACCAAAGGAUUCUUUGAUCCCAAUACCCAUGAGAACCUUACAUAUCUACAACUGAAGGAUAGAUGUAUUAAAGAUCCAGACACUGGACUUAACCUUCUCACCCUAAAGAAGGAGAAACUAAGUCCAGCAGACACUGGUAAAAUCUAUAGUGAAGCAGAGACAAAGAAGGUAUUUGAAGAAACUAAAGUAGACAUUCCUUCUGGCAGCAUGGCUGGCUCUUCUAUGACCAUAUGGGAGCUAAUGCAGUCUGACUUGCUGCCUCAAGAGGAAAGAGAUCGUCUGAUGGAAGAGUUCCGUGCUGGGAAGUUGACAAAGGAACGCAUGAUUAUCAUUAUUAUUGAGAUAAUUGAAAAAACUGAAAUCAUACGGCAACAACAGACUUACUCAUAUGAUUUUGUCCGUCGCCGUAUCACAGCAGAGGAGUUGUAUGAGUCUAAGCUUAUAACCAUGGAAAUGUACAACAUGCUUAAACAAGGAAUAAAGACUAUUCAGGAAAUUAUACAAAUUGAGACUGUCUGGAGAUACCUCUAUGGCACAGGAUGUAUUGCGGGGCUGCAGCUGCCUGGCUCCAAGCAAGCUAUAAGUAUUUACCAGGCUAUGAAAAAGGGCUUUAUCACACCCGAUGUGGCGAAUGUACUUCUAGAUGCUCAGGCAGCUACUGGUUUUAUUGUUGAUCCUGUAAAGAAUGAACUUUUAACUGUAGAUGAGGCUGUGAGAAAGGGUGUUGUUGGUCCAGAAAUUCACGACAGACUCCUCUCUGCUGAAAGAGCUGUGACAGGGUACAGAGAUCCUUACACUGAGCAGAUGAUCUCCAUUUUCCAAGCAAUGAAGAAAGAUUUGAUUCCCUCUGAUCAAGCACUGAGGCUUCUUGAUGCACAAUUAGCAACAGGUGGAAUCAUUGAUCCUCGAUUUGGGUUCCACAUCCCACAUGAAAUAGCAUUCAUGCGUGGAUACCUCAACAACGAUACUCUGGACAUGCUGUCUGAGCCUAGUGAAGUCCGCAGUUAUGUGGAUCCAUCCACAGAUGAAAAACUCAGUUAUGCUCAGUUGCUGAAGAGAUGUCGUGGAGAUGAAAACAGCAAACUCUUCCUGCUGCCCCUUGCAGACAAGAGGAAGCUGACAUUCAAAGGUUUAAGGAAAGAUAUCACCAUGGAAGAACUGGUGCGCUCUGAAGUCAUGGAUGCAGCUACAGCCCAGCGACUACAAGAAGGACUGACCACUCUUGAAGAGGUCUCAAGAAACCUCCAAAAAUUCCUGGAGGGAACUAGCUGCAUUGCAGGUGUUUAUGUGGAAUCUUCCAAAGAAAGAUUCUCCAUCUAUCAAGCCAUGAAGAAAGGCAUGAUAAGACCAGGAACAGCAUUUGAAUUACUGGAAGCACAGGCUGCCACAGGUUACGUUAUUGACCCAAUCAAAGGUCUCAAGUUGGCUGUAGAAGAUGCUGUGCGCAUGGGUAUCGUUGGGCCCGAAUUCAAAGAUAAACUUUUGUCAGCAGAAAGAGCAGUGACAGGUUAUAAAGAUCCUUACUCAGGAAAGCUCAUCUCUCUUUUCCAAGCCAUGAAGAAAGGACUGAUUCUAAAAGAUCAUGGAAUCCGCUUACUGGAAGCACAGAUUGCAACUGGAGGCAUUAUUGAUCCAGAAGAAAGCCAUCGCUUGCCAGUGGAGAUGGCAUACAAAAGAGGUCUGUUUGAUGAGGAAAUGAAUGAAAUUCUUACUGAUCCAAGUGAUGACACCAAGGGAUUCUUUGAUCCUAAUACAGAGGAGAAUCUGACUUAUCUUCAGCUCAUGGAAAGAUGCAUUACAGAUCCAGAGACUGGACUCUGCCUUCUGCCUCUAAAAGAAAAGAAACGCGAAAGAAAGACUUCUUCUAAAUCCUCAGUCCGUAAACGCAGAGUGGUAAUUGUUGACCCUGAGACUGGUAAAGAGAUGUCCGUAUAUGAAGCCUAUCGCAAAGGGCUUAUUGACCAUCAAACAUAUAUAGAACUCUCUGAGCAAGAAUGUGAGUGGGAAGAAGUUACAAUCUCAUCUUCUGAUGGGGUAGUAAAAUCCAUGAUCACGGACAGAAGAUCAGGAAGACAAUAUGAUAUUGAUGAUGCCAUUUCAAAAGGCCUGAUUGACCAGUCGUCAUUAGACCAGUAUCGCUCCGGUACAUUGUCCAUCACAGAGUUUGCAGACAUGUUGUCUGGUAACAUGGGUGGAUUCCGCUCUAGAUCCUCAUCUGUCGGCUCUUCUUCCUCUUAUACAGCAAGUCCAGCUUCAAAGGCGCAACUAUCUUCUUGGAGUGAUCCAACUGAAGAGACGGGCCCUAUCGCUGGAAUAGUGGACACAGACACUUUAGAAAAAGUAUCUGUUACCGAGGCCAUGCAUCGCAACCUUGUAGAUAACAUCACUGGCCAACGUUUGCUAGAAGCUCAAGCAUGUACAGGAGGAAUCAUUGACCCUGUCACAGGGCAAAAAUAUGCAGUUGUUGAUGCAGUCAAUAAAGGUCUGGUUGACAAAAUCAUGGUAGACAGAAUUAACCUUGCCCAGAAGGCUUAUAAUGGAUUUGAAGACCCAAGAACAAAGACAAAAAUGUCUGCUGCUCAAGCUCUUAAAAAGGGCUGGCUUUACUAUGAGGCUGGUCAGCGCUUCCUAGAAGUGCAGUACCUCACUGGUGGACUUAUUGAGCCAGAAGUUGAAGGACGUGUCAGUCUAGAUGAUGCCCUCCAUAAAGGUACCAUUGAUACCCGGACAGCCCAGAAACUGAGAGAUGUGAACACCUACUCUAAGUAUUUGACCUGUCCAAAAACAAAACUCAAAAUCUCCUACAAAGAAGCCAUGGAAAAAAGUAUGGUGGAAGAUGGCACCGGUUUGAGACUCCUAGAAGCAUCCUCUCAGUCCAGUAAAGGCUACUACAGUCCAUAUAAUGUCAGCGGCUCUGGUUCAGCCUCAGGCUCCAGAUCAGGUUCCAGAACUGGAUCUAGGUCUGGCUCACGUCGAGGCAGCAUUGAUGCCACUGGCAAUGCAGGAUUUCAAAUGAGCUUUUCUUCUUCCUCAUACUCUUCCACAAGCUAUGGUCGUAGAUACACAACUGGUCCUCAAGGUGUCCCUUUUGACAUGGCUGAAUUGACAAAUGCACUGUUAAACCUACAUCAAAGCUGCAGUCAGGAAGCAAGCAGGGGGCACGAAGCUUUAGCAGCCCCCGUACAUGUCCUAGUAUAGGAUAUUCCAUCCCAGUCUCAUGAACUCAAACACCCCUUUCCCUGCUCUGCAUGUGGUGAAGCUGUACUUGGAUUUUUUUAUUUUAUAAAUAUAUAUAUAUAUAAAUAUAUAACACUCAAUUUAUUUCUAACUGUACUCCAAAGCAGUGCCUAAACUUUUAACCAAAAAGCCUGAAAGAAAACUAUUUUAGCAAGGUGGCAAAAUAAAUUCAUGUUCUUAUAAAUGUUGUUUGUAUAUUGAGAGAUGACUAAGAGAAGGCUAUCAUCUGGCACCAGAAUUUUUGCACGGACAUUCCUGCACACAGGUGUCCACCUCUUACUGGCCAUGUACAGAGCAGAGGAAAACCCACCAGCAAAUGGCAGGAAUUAAGCCAAAACGCAUCAUACACUCCCUGUAACCUGUACUCUGUUGAACUCUAGAUUACAAUAAAUGUACUAAACUUGAGCCUGACUACUGAAGCAUGAUCCACCUGGAAACCAUUGUCACCCAUCACUGCAUAUAUGCACCCACAAUAACGUACCUCCUGUUGCUCAUCAAGUAAAGCAAAACCUUGUUCUCCAGCCUUUGCACAUCAGACUCCUAGUGGGGACGCCGACACCGGAGAUUACAUGAAGAGAAUCAGCAUCUUCCCGGGUUCUCACUGUACACAGAGAAUAUGAUUUACUUCCCCUCUUCCUCAACCCUCUUGUGUGUUCUUCAUGUUCGUCUUCCAGAAUCCCCCUCCAUGAGGCCCUUAAAGGACUUCCAACUGGCCUCUCUCCAACUGGAUCUAUAUUUAUUGGUGAAUGUGCCCCCUGUCCUGAGGUUACUGCCCCUUGGAGAAGACACGAACCUGAAACAAUUAGUUCCCCAGAAGCAGCUAUGCACCCCCAAAUCCAGAGCAUCAAGAUGGACCAUCUGUCCUGUUGGAGGGGGUCACCCCAAUUCACUGUUCAGGAAAUAAAAGACCAGUUGCUGUCCUCUCCCUGUCUCUCCAUUUGCAGUUGGUGUGACUGUGACAGCAUUAUUGGAAAUCUUACUUCCCUCUCCAUGCCUCUGGUCCUGGGCCCUUAAUUGUGGCUUAUUCUGGAAAGGCCUCAUCUGUCUGUCCGUCUGUCGUCUGUCCCUCCUCCCCCCCCCCCCCCCCCCCCCUGUCCCACUCUGAUUCUCUGCACUCCCCAUUAACUAUGUCUGAGAUGGUAAUGCAUCUAGUUCCCUUUCUGCAUUUUGUACUUUAAGCAUACCCACCACCCUACGUGUCCCGUUAGCCCUCAACCAAGGGUGUGACUAUUAAUGGAACUACAUGCCUUCAUCGUUCAGACCAUCUUCAUCAUCACCCAGACACUCCAUCCUCAUCUGCGUUCUCUGCCACUGCUGAAUUCUUGCCAUUUAUUGUGACUUUAUUACAUAAACCCUGCUGUACUUCACCUCGUGGCCAACAAGAGUGACAAUGGUCAAAAGAAUUUGUAUUGAAAUGAACAAAUAGCUAAUAUUUCAUUUUUGACCCCUUUGCUUCCAAACCGGUAACACUGCCUUGUCUGGCAGCAAAAGGGUUACUGCUCACAGUAGUCUGUUCUUAAAAUAAAUUAAUGGUGUGUUCUCUCUGCCGAGUCCACAUACUGCUGUCACGGUUUGUCGACAAAACCCCCAAUUUUCGUUGUAUUAAGAGUGGCCGUGACAGUUCAGUGUAAAUAAUGCAUUUCCUGAAAUCUCGUGCAGACUUUAUAGUUUCCAUUUGAAAUGCCAUGUUACAAAUUGGAGCUUCCAACAUGUGCUGGGUUCCAUCCCAGAUACAGUUAUUGCUUUUGUGCUUGUUUUUUGGGUGGGUGUGUUGGGAUAAAGGGGUAAAUUUCUUAUUGCCAUUGCAAUUUGUAUCCUUAAUCCCGCCAGCGUUGGCAAGCAGUAACUGUCUGGUACUCCAGUGUUGGACAGUGCUCCUUGGCUCGAACACUAAAGAAUUGUAUAUAAGGAGAUGUUUGUUAAACAUGUUGCAGAAUCAUGCCUCUCUCAAUGCAAAACAAAAAGUAAACUGAUAUCAUACCAAGA